AUGUCUGAUGUCGCAACGGACGACCCCGUCGCAGGUCCAUCAAAUUUGCUGUCCGUGCCAGCACCAGAGACCACGCCAGCGCCCGAGAGGCCGCUCCCCGCCACGCAUUUCUACUCUAUCGAGUAUCCGGGCUACGUGAAGCCUACGUCUGUCCCACUUGCUGUUGAACGUCUCGGUGGACAACAAAGCAUCGAAACUGCAUUUAAACGCGCCGCUGGAAAGACGGAGACGCUCCUUGAGCUGCAUCUUCGACCGGGGAAUCCGUUCGCGCAUCCGGUUCCAGGAGAUGUUGCGCCUACGAAUAAUAUCUUGCUCAAGGUUGUGAAACGCAAGCGAAGAAGACGAGAGGGUGAGGUAGGUGCAGAGGAGGAUGGUGUGGUAGGGGAAUAUACUGUUGAGGCUACGGGGGCUAUUCCGAAGACGGCGAGGUUCAGGAGUAUGGCGGAUUUCCAGUUCCAGCCGGACAUGAACGACCCAGUGGCAAAACUCCGAACAGCGAUGGACACCAUGGAUGUCGAGGGCAUCCUCAGUUAUAGGAUCCCUCCCGAAACCGAAGACUAUGUCAUCCCAGAGGAUAUAUCUUCCAUGGAUAUUGACCCGCGGCUCACUGAGGCGAGUAAAGAAGGUUCCGCAGUCCCGAAAAUGAAGAGCAAUCUGCGGCUCUUCCCUCCUCCGCUCUUCAGUCGACAGUCCAUACCACAAAACUAUAACUACAAAUCCAACCCCGCAUCUAUUGUCACCACCGUUAUUGAUGAGGAGACAGGCGAGGAGAAGAAGCGACUGAUCAACCGGAUGAGGUGGAAAGGCUUUGGGCCCAUCUCCAUCAGCUUCACUGAUAAAGGGGUUCCGGAUAAGCCGUCUCCUUCAGUAGAAGAGCAGAGGGACAAGGCAGACCAGGAGCUACUCAAGAGGCUACAACAGCUGUUCGAGCAACGGCCCAUAUGGACGCGGGCGGCUAUAUACAACCAAUUCUUGCCAUUCGAAGUGCGUGAAAUCAUAAAUUCGAAAUUCCUCUUACCCCUCGUAUCAUACGUAUUCCAAGAUGGCCCAUGGCGCGACACUCAGAUACGCUUCGGCUACGAUCCUCGCGAAGAUCGUGAAGCUCGAUUCUACCAGAGAUUGUACUUCCGAAAUGUGAACCAUCCCAUCGUUCGUCCUUCUGUGGUGAGCAAGCGACAAGAGGUGAGGGUAGAAUCCGCACAAAAUCGCACAGGAGAAGUACGUGAGGAGGACAGGAGGUCGCAUAUAUUCGACGGAAUCACCAUCACAGGAGAGACAGCUGCAUUUCAAUUAUGUGAUAUCCAUGACCCGAUGCUCAAAGAGAUGAUUGCUGACGAGGAAGAUCUCCGCGAUACGUGCAAUGAGCGCGAUGGCUGGUACUCCACUCAUGCCUUCGAGCGCAUCAAGACGGUGCUGCGGCACAAGUUCUUCUCUCUGCUCGGUGGGCACAUCGCGACGCGCGAAGAGUGCGAGGCGCUCCUCGUUCCUCAGGAGGGCACGAACAAACUCCCACAACGGCCCGUACAGAAGCUCAGAUUCGGCAAGCACAACAUGGCAAAGGGUGCAUUGCCUCCGGAGGAUGCCGCGGCACACAGGUUGAUGGCGACACUGCAGCAGCAGCAAGUGAAGGGAGGGAGAUCCUCAGACAGUCGUCCAUGA